AUGUCACUUUUGGUUUUGUGCUCUCUAUUGCCGCCUACUACAUUAGCACAGGCUAUGCUUGAAUUGCCGGUGGAUGUGAAUGAAGUGCCGCUCAAAUUAAUAGAAGUACCACGCACCAGUAUUCUUGCGCGUAUACCUUUACUUCGCAGCUUUUUGCGUGCUGUGCGUCCGAAUACGCAUGUCGGUCGUAAGUCAGAUUAUCGCAGUGAAUUCGAUGAGAAUUUCAUCAAUUAUCACGCUGCUCAGUUAUGGAAGAUUGCAUUUAAUGUAACACGCAAGCGUGGCGAUAACACCCAACACACUGAAAGUAUGCAACAAUUCCUGGAGAAAUUUGCAAAGCUACCUUCGCAUCCCAGCCGCCAACAAAAUCCGAAAUUGCUUUUACUGCGCAGCAUUCCCGGUUUUCCAACCGCUGCAAUAUCAAGUGAUGAAUUAUAUGAAAAUACCUUGGAAAGUUUGCAAUGGCUAAUGCCAGUGGACAUACGGCAGUUUAAUAUUUUUUCACCACAAUCGUCUUAUCAGAUUAAUAUGCGCUAUCGCAAUAGCGCUUCAGUGAAACGUUACUACGGUUAUCAAUUGUGGAAAGUGCAUGAAAACGACAUAGAAAAUGAAGUGCUAAGGACGUUUUGGCAACACUUUGGUGCCGAAGUAUGGAAUAUCAAUCAAGAUGGAAUCGAUAUUUUAAUUGAUUAUAAAAAUACAGCAAAAGCCAAAGAUUUUAUAGCGAAAACGGACUUCACCUACAACGUUAUGAUCGACGAUAUCGAGACCGCAAUCGAUGAGACUUAUAUGGAAGUAAACAAUAGCAAUGCCAAUAUGCCAUGGUUGGACAGAGAGAAUACGAUAAUGAAUUGGAAUCGGUAUCAUGACAUUGGCGAUAUACAACAAUUUAUGCAGCACAUUUUGGAAACCUACCCCGAUGUGGCGGAGAUUGUGCAAAUUGGUGUGACGCAUUAUAAACGGCCUUUGGAAGUACUGCGUAUCUCUAAUGGCAACCCCAAAAACUGGGCUAUCUUUAUUGACGCCGGCAUGCAGGCGCGCGAUUGGCUCACUCCUGCUGCCCUCACCAGCGCCAUCUCGAAAUUAACAUGGCUGUGGGACCAAGAGCCGGCCUACAUGCGCAACAUUGAUUGGUAUUUCCUGCCAGUAGCGAAUCCCGAUGGCUAUCAAUAUUCGCGCAUCACCGACCGCCUCUGGUCGAAGAAUCGUUAUUUCGAUAGAAAAACUGGUUGCUAUGGCGUAAAUUUGAAUCGCAAUUUUGAUUAUCAGUGGGGUGGGUCGGGUGCGUCCGAGAAUCCUUGUAAGAAUUUAUACAGAGGACCAAAGCAAUUUUCCGAACCAGAAACGAAGGCGAUACGAACAUUCCUGCACAACAUGCGUGAAUAUUUGGGUGCAUAUGUGUCUUUUGGCGCCUAUGGGCAAGCGAUCACCUAUCCAUGGGGUGAUGCAGACUACGUGACCGACAACCAACGGAAACUGCAUUAUGUGGCGCGACGUGCAAUGUUGAAUUUCCGCAAAUUGAAUGAAGCCGAGUACCGUAUAGGCACUAGCUAUCGACUGAAACUUGCGCGCGCUGGCAACUCAGCCGAUUGGGUGCAGCAGCGCAUUAAUCCACAAUACGUUUACAAUGUAUUUCUAAAGGACCAAGGGCGCUAUGGUUAUUUGAUGCCACCGCACUACAUUGUGGAAUCGGGCGAGGAGGCAUACGAAUUUAUGAAGACAGUAGCAGCGGCGCUGAAUUGA